AUGAGGCAGUGGAUCCACGACCUCCAGGAGGGAAAGGGCCAGACUGGCGUCAAGUACACUCAGAGGUACAUCGGCUCCAUGGUAGGGGACGUGCACCGCACCCUGCUCUACGGCGGCGUCUUCGCGUAUCCUGCCGACGCGAAGAACAAGGACGGUAAGCUGCGCCUGCUCUACGAGGCCGCGCCCAUGUCCUUCUUGCUCGAGCAGGCAGGCGGGAAGGCCAUCACAGGCCACAGCCGCGUUAUGGACAUCCCCCCGAGCAGCGUGCACCAGCGCGUGCCCAUCAUCCUCGGCUCCCCCGAUGACGUCGACGAGUGCUACGGCUACUACGACCGCUGCAACGACCCGGCGCUGCAGGCGCGCUGCGAGGCGCGCCUGAAGGGCACCGCGGCCUGA